AGUUGAUUAAAGCCAUUUAACCGGGACGGACACGACGAAACGAACGGCGCGGGCUCGGUUCCGAGGGUUCGGCUAAAUGAACUUAAAUUGUUUAAUAUCAUUGGUGAUAAAUUGAGUUUAGGUCGAGCUCACGCAGCUCGCCGUAGGUGCUUGCGGCAUCGAGGCCGCCGCGACGGAGCCGAGGAAGGUUGGCGCGGAGGUAGCGGGCUCGCAGGCGCCCGCCACCGACGGCUACAUGUACGUGUGCGGGGACCCAGCCGGCAGCACCGGCCCGCGCUACGAGUGCUCCUUCGAGCCAGCGCCGGGCUCCAUGGACCAACCUACGUUCGAGGAUCACAUGUUCAGCGAAUUUGGCAAGGACAGACAAGUGCAAGUGGUGGUCGGAGCUGGAGGAGAACUGCAGUACCGGGAGGAGUUACCAGUGUUCACGUCUAGUGGUGACCAGAAGAGAAAAGACGAGCCGCUACUCCUGCAGCAAGUAGAAGCGCCAACGCAACACGCGGCGCACCCGCCGCCGCCUCCUCCGCCGACCACGAAGAAAAGUGAUAAGAAAAAGAGUGAAAAUAAUGGCAUUAAGAAGAAAAAGACCAGAACUACUUUUACGGCGUAUCAACUUGAAGAGCUCGAAAGGGCAUUUGAACGCGCGCCAUACCCCGAUGUUUUUGCUAGAGAAGAGUUGGCUCUUAAAUUAAAUCUAUCGGAAUCACGAGUGCAGGUAUGGUUCCAAAAUAGAAGAGCGAAGUGGCGGAAACGGGAGCCGCCCCGCAAAACUGGAUAUAUUGGCUCUAGUUCCCCUAGCUCUACAACAUUGAGUGGUGGCUUUUCGGGAAUUGGAGGGAAUCUCCCUGCUUUCCCCCAGAAUGGCUUGCCAGCUCCAGCGGACUCAUGGUCGUAUCAGCAUUCUUACGAAUUAUCCUCUCAUCAUUUAUUAUCCUCUGGUAGUAGUGGGUAUCCAGCAUUUAAUACUCAACCGGCAGCGUAUUCUUAUACCACUGUUCUCAACGGCCACGACGGUCAAAUGUUUGCACCGAGACAUUCCUACGAAUACGGGGAAGGAAGUCCACCUCCCCUGGGCGUCCGUGAUUAUCCAAUGAUAGCAGCUCAUUCCCCUCAAAUGGAAGCUCAUGGGCACGAGGAGAAGUUAGAAUAUCGAAGUCACGACCAUGAAGACAAGUAUUCCGCGUGUGCAAUGCAAGAAGAGCCUCGGUACGGUGCCCCUCCAGAAGACUAUGAUAAAUGUGGGAUUGUUCAACACGACAAACACUAUGACAUGGAUCGCCACGCUGACUUGGCGCAGCCUGUAGUCGUUAAAAUGGAACCUAGCCCCGGCCAAGCAUAUACUACAUCGCUGCCCCCUUUUUUGAAUUGAAAUACUCUUUUUCGAAAUUGUCUGAAAGUUUCAACUAAUUUCGAAAAAGAGUAUUCUCUUUAUGUCUGGGACAACUCUUUAUAACUGAAAUCAUGGAACAGAAUUUUAUAUAACAAAAUAUCAUAUUUUGCUUAUUGCAAGAUUGUGAUUGCAAUUACCAACUUUUUCUGUAAAGUGCGUAAAAAAGGAAGAAAUGCAGUAGGUACCUACCUUUAUUCAUUUAAAAAAUAGAUUCGCUAUUAUCUCAUUGACUACAGUAAUAUUCGUAGUCGGUUUAAAUACUUUAUAAAUAUAAAACAAAUUAAAGCUUAUUGCAAUAAUAAUUUAAAUGUGUUAAGUUGAUUAAUAAGACCGAAUGAAUGAACUGUUCAUUAGGUAAUUAGUUUAUUUAAUUUAAACCUUAACGUACAGAUAAUAUUACAAAUAAAUAUUGCUAAAUAUUAAGAAAGAGGUUAGAAUUUUAAUUUCAAUUUCGUGCAUUCCUUGUGCCUUAUUAGAAUUUUUAAGUGUAGAGACAUAAGGUGUAGUACAUAAUAUUAUAUAACAUAUUUUUAGAAUCAGUGUAAUCUGUCAAAAACAUUAUUUUUUUU